GGAGCCUGUACAUAAAAAAGCAUCUGAAGAAGUUUCAGAGAGUCACUGUUUCUCCUUCCUACAGGACACUCACAAGGAGUCUGCACCUCAGAGUGGUUGGACCAGGCAGUGACCAGUCUUUAGUGAAGCACUUAUGGACAACCUCAACCUGCAUGGAAGCCCAAUGGAUAAAAAGAAAGCAGCAUUCAAACAACCUUUUGAAAACAACAAAAAUCUCCCAAAGAAAGAGGGGUUUGUAUUUUCUCUUGUAAAACCAUUUCCAGAAGCUGCUAAAGUGCCUCUCCCACCAGAGCCAGACUCUCCUGUGAUGUCAGAGAACACGUUUGACAAAAGGCUUGACUGUGAACAGAAGGAUUUGGAGAAAGAGUUUUUCAGAGAAGAGGACCAGGAUGCAGAACACACCUUGUACAACCAAUAUGAGGAAAAGAUCCGACCCUGCAUUGAUCUUGUUGACAGCCUGAGAGCUCUUGGAAUAGAAAAGGACCUAUCCUUGCCUGCAAUUGCAGUGAUUGGAGACCAGAGCUCUGGGAAAAGCUCUGUGCUUGAAGCCCUGUCUGGUGUUGCUCUCCCCAGGGGCAAUGGUAUUGUCACUCGGUGUCCCUUGGAACUUAAACUCAAGAGGUUGCCUGAAGGCCAGGCAUGGGAAGGGAAGAUCUCCUACCGAAACGUAAUCCAGGAGCUCCAGGAGCCCUCUGAGGUGGACAGAGCAAUAAGGCAUGCCCAGGAUGUUGUGGCCGGUCCCGGAGGUGCCAUUAGCGGGCAGUUAAUUUCCCUGGAAGUUCGGUCCCCUGAUGUCCCAGAUCUGACACUAAUUGAUCUUCCUGGAAUUGCCAGGGUGGCCGUGGGGAACCAGCCAAAAGACAUCGGGGACCAGAUCAAAAGGCUGCUUAGAAAGACGAUUGGCUGCAAAGAGACCGUGAAUUUGGUGGUGGUGCCAUGUAACGUGGAUAUUGCAACAACAGAAGCACUGAAAAUGGCUCAGGAGGUGGACCCCACUGGAGAAAGGACAAUAGGAAUCCUCACAAAACCUGACCUUGUGGACAGGGGGACUGAAGAGGCUGUGGUUAAAAUACUGCAAAACAGGGUAAUCCCCCUCAAAAAAGGCUACAUGAUUGUCAAGUGCCGUGGGCAGCAGGACAUCCUCAACCAAGUGACCUUGGCUGCUGCCAUCCAGCAGGAGAGAGCCUUCUUUGAGAACCACAAACAAUUCAGGGCUAUUAUAAAAGAAGGAAAGGCUACUAUUCCCCAUCUGGCAAAGAAGCUCACAAAUGAACUUGUGAAACACAUUAUUAAAACUCUGCCUGCCCUGGAGAGCCAAAUUCGUGGCACCCUCCAUGAAACUUUACAGGAUCUGCAAAGGUACAACAGAGGCACACCCCAAACAGAGGAUGAGAAGCUGUUUUUCCUCACAGAUCUGAUCAAACUCUUUAACCAAGACAUCUCUCAGAGCACACGGGGCGAGGAGCAGCUGCUUGGAGAUGAAGUCAGGCUCUUCACCAAGAUCCGCAAGGAAUUCUGCUCCUGGGGCGUGCUUCUCAUGGAGUGUGCUGCCAGGGCUAAAAAGAACGUCCCCAGUAGAGUGUGGAAAUACGAAGACCAGUACCGUGGGAGGGAGUUCCCAGGCUUCAGCAACUACAGGACUUUUGAGGACAUUAUAAAGGAGCAGAUCAGAGAACUGGAGGAGCCAGCAAUCCAGAUCCUGAACAAAGUGAUGGAACUGGUUGAAGAGAAAUUUAUGGAACUUGCUAAAAGGAAUUUUGCUAAUUUUCACAAUCUAAGCAGAGUUGCCAAGGUGAAAAUCGAAGACAUUAGAGAGAAACAAGCAGCAGAGGCUCAAAGGCACAUCCGGGCACAGUUUAAAAUGGAGAGAAUUGUGUACUGCCAGGAUAACCUUUACCUUGAGGAUUUAAGUACUUUUAAGGCAGAAAACGCUGCCAAGAAAGAUCUGCAGUUGCCUGUUGUCGCCGAGAUGAUUUCUCACACCAGUGCCUAUUUCUCUGGAGCAAGUAAACGCCUCUCCAAUCAGAUACCUCUGAUCAUCCUGUCUUGUGUCCUUCAUGACUUUGGAGAAAAAGUGCAGACCUCUAUGCUGCAACUUUUACAAGAUAAAGAGAAGCUAAACUUUCUCCUUGAGGAGGACACUGAAGCUGCUAAAGCCAGGCAUUACCUCAGCCAAAGAGUUGAUCGUCUCACCAAAGCCUGCCAGUACCUGAGAGACUUCAGCUUGUUGUAAUUCCUUUGUUUUUCAUAAGUUUUUUUUCUCCUAAUCUUCUAGCAUUACUGUAGAAUUUUGUAUAAUCCUAUAAACAUGUAAUGUUAGCUCAGACCUUUAAUACUAAUUUCUAGUGAUCAGUUUUUCUUUAUUUUCCAUAGUCAGUUAUUAUGCUAACAGCUGCCUUUGCAUGAAGAGCUCCACUGGGGGAGUUGUGAUUAAAUAAACAUUAUCUCAUUUUUAAACAUUUUAUGAACUCUGUGCAACCACUGGAAUAAUCAUUAAAAAGCUAACACUCUGAGAAUUA